AUGGCCAACCUCUCCAGAGGCCAUCAGAAGCAAACCAAUAAGGGACGGGUUGAAUGCCCGCUGGUCCAACGCUACAAGCAGUAUUGUCAACUCCUCGGCUGCCUUCGACACGCCCUUACGAUCCAGCUCGGCUUCUCAGAGGGGAAUCGAGCACACGAUGAAGUCGACCAGCGAAUCCUUGAAGAGCUCACAGGGUGCGUCUACAACGGUGUUGGGGGGUUCAUUGAGAGAUAUUUCGAAGGAAAGAUCUGGAUGAACAACACCGAGAGAUAUCUACAAAAAUUCGAGACACCAAUAAUGCUGAAGGUCACUGGAGCGGGUGGCCAGAGCCUUCAGCCCAAGCACUUAGCCGUAACACUGAGAGGCUCUGAGGCAGAUUGCAAGCUUGACAUUUUCCUCAGCCCUGCCAACGUUGCCCUACUGAACGGCGAGCAUGACUGGUCAAAUGUACUCGUCAUUGGGCCUCAUGAGGAUGGGUCUACAAAAACACUAUUACAGUUGGCAGGCUACGCGCGGGAAGUGUUGGGAAGUCAACCGGAUCGGCGAUUUGUGCCUGGCUUUACCAUCUGCGGAAGCGUGAUGCGGCUUUGGGUGUUUCAUAGAUCUGGCCCAUACAGCUCCGAGAAAUUUGACAUCCACAAAGAGCCAGAGUGGUUCGUUCAGGUUAUUGCUGGCUAUGCGCUGAUGACGGAUGCAGAGUUGGGAUUAAAUACAUUUAUCAGGCGCGAUGGUGAUACAUACAUCAUCACACAAGGCUGCAGGGUCCAGCCAAGUUCUCUGGGGAAGAUCUAG